GUGGUUAUGCGAGAAGUCAAACGAAGCAAGAUUUUUGUCUGAGUUUUGAUUUUAAGUCCACGAGUCUACCUGUGCUUUGCCCGCGCGAUGACAAGAACGCAAGCAAGAAAUGGCAAUUGCUGUCAUUGAUUGUCCAGAUUAAAACAAGUUUCUCUUCCGCUCUAGUUUCUCCGGAGCAUUUCAGGAAUGUAGAGAGAGAGAGAUGAGCUCCAUGCUCACCCCCACCGUCGCCUUCGCCAACAUUAGUGCCACUCGUAUCUCGCAGAAGCCAUCGCCACCUCCUGUCCACCACACCUUGUCCCAAAGAAUCCACAUUCCUUCUCAUGUCUACAAGCAUCCAGCAGCCAUCCUCCUCGAGCUCUGCACUUCCAUGAAAGAGCUCCGCCAAAUCAUCCCUCUUAUCAUCAAGAACGGCCUCUGCAACGAACCCCUCUUCCAAACCAAGCUCAUCAGCUUGUUCUGCAACUACGGUAGCGUGGCCGACGCGGCUCGCGUUUUCGAGCCCAUCGAGGAAAAGCUCGACGUGCUCUAUCACACCCUGCUCAAAGGGUACGCAAAGAACUCGUCUUUAGACGAGGCAUUGUCUUUCUUUUGUAGGAUGAAGCAUGAUGAUGCGAAGCCCAUUGUGUAUAACUUCACUUACCUGUUGAAAGUUUGCGGGGACACUGCGGACCUUAGGAGAGGGAAGGAGAUUCAUGGACAGCUGGUGGCUAAUGGGUUCGCCUCCAAUGUGUUUGCCAUGACUGGGGUAGUGAAUAUGUAUGCCAAGUGUAGGCAGAUCGGGGAAGCAUACAAGAUGUUUGACAGAUUGCCCCAUAAGGACUUGGUCUCCUGGAAUACGAUAAUUUCUGGUUAUGCUCAGAAUUGCUGGGCGGCUUCUGCGCUUGAGUUGGUUUUGCACAUGCAGGAGGAAGGACAGAGGCCUGACUCCAUCACCUUGGUCACGAUUUUGCCUGCUGUUGCUGAUGUUGGGUCCCUGAGGAUCGGCAAAUCGAUACACGGUUAUGCUGUGAGAGCUGGAUUUGAAUGUUUGGUGAAUGUUUCGACUGCUUUGUUGGAUAUGUACUCUAAGUGCAAGUCGGUGAGGAUUGCUCGUGUAAUUUUCGAUAGGAUUGAGAAGAGGACUGUGGUUACUUGGAAUUCUAUGAUUGAUGGUUAUGUAGAAAAUGAAAAUCCUGAGGAAGCAAUUGCUAUUUUUGAAAAGAUGUUGGAUGAACGGGUGGAGCCAACAAAUGUAACUGUAAUGGGAGCACUCCAUGCUUGUGCUGAUUUGGGUAAUCUUGAGCGAGGGAUGUUUGUGCACAAGUUGUUGACUAGGCUGAAACUUGACUCUAAUGUUUCCGUGAUGAAUUCUUUGAUUUCCAUGUAUUCCAAAUGUAAGAGAGUAGAUCUUGCUGCAGCAAUAUUUAACAACUUACGGGAAAAAACCCUUGUCUCCUGGAAUGCAAUGAUAUUAGGUUUCGCACAGAACGGGCAUGUGAGAGAGGCUCUGAAUCACUUUUGCCGAAUGCAUUCUCAAAAUGUACAACCAGAUACGUUCACAAUGGUGAGUGUAAUUCCUGCUCUUGCGGAAUUAUCCGUGACGCGGCAAGCAAAGUGGAUUCAUGGACUGGUCAUAAGAUCUUGCAUGGACAAGAACAUUUACGUGAUGACUGCUCUAGUUGACAUGUAUGCAAAAUGUGGAGCUGUUGAUACUGCCAGAAAGCUCUUUGACAUGAUGGAAGACCGGCAUGUCAUAACCUGGAAUGCUAUGAUAGACGGAUACGGUACACAUGGGCUUGGACAGUCUGCUGUGGAACUGUUCAAAGCAAUGCAGAAGGGGACCGUCAAGCCAAAUGAUAUAACUUUCCUUUGCAUCCUUUCUGCUUGCAGCCAUUCAGGUUUGGUCGAUGAGGGUCUCCGUUACUUCGACAGCAUGAAGCAAGACUAUGGCAUAGAACCUACAAUGGAUCACUAUGGCUCCGUGGUUGACCUUCUUGGUCGAGCUGGUCAUCUCAAAAAAGCUUGGGAUUUUAUCCAAAACAUGCCUAUCGAACCUGGAAUUACCGUCUUCGGGGCAAUUUUGGGUGCCUGCAAGAUUCAUAAAAAUGUUGAGCUGGGAGAGAAAGCAGCAAAUAAGCUGUUUGAAUUGAACCCACAAGAGGGCGGAUACCAUGUACUGCUUGCUAAUAUAUAUGCCACAGCCUCAAUGUGGAGUAAAGUGGCCGAGGUGAGAAAAGUCAUGGAGAAGGAAGGGCUUCAAAAGACUCCUGGUUGUAGUUUAGUGGAGUUGAGAAAUGAGGUCCAUAGUUUCUAUUCUGGAAGCACAGAUCAUCCUCAGUCCAAAAGGAUCUAUGCAUUUCUUGAAACUCUUAUUGAUGAGAUUAAAGCUGCUGGUUAUGUGCCUGACACCCAUUCUAUCCACGAUGUGGAGGAUGAUGUGAAGGAGCAGCUGCUCAACAGCCACAGUGAGAGGCUGGCUAUUGCAUUUGGGCUUCUAAAUACCAGCCCCGGCACCACGAUACACAUCCGCAAGAACUUGAGAGUCUGUGGGGAUUGCCACAAUGCAACAAAAUACAUUUCCCUUGUGACAGGACGAGAAAUAAUCGUGCGUGAUAUGCAACGGUUUCACCACUUCAAGAGUGGAACAUGCUCUUGUGGAGAUUACUGGUGAAACUUGUAUUUAGGAUGAGUCGAUAGUUGGGAAUUUGGAAGUGUCGCUGCAAGUUAGUGAGGAAGUCUUGCAAUUUUUUUGCUGAUACAUUAGGUUUUACUGAAAUGUCAGGGGACCUUAUCAGCUUCCAUGGUCAGAUGGCAGGAUGCUGUCUGAAAAACACAUUGCAGAUUUGGAGAGUAAAGGGAAAACAGCAGUAUCCCUAUUUUGUAGUUUGUACAAUCACUCCAAUGGAUAUAGCCCUGAUCACAUAUUCACUUAAUGACUUAUACUGUGUUCUUGUCCCUUUUGGUCA